AUGCUGGCCCUUCGUUGCCCAAGAACCUGCGAUUCGAUCAAGUCGGAACCGCGUCCGCGGCACCCUGGAGACAAGAGCAAUUGCCGUAAAAUGCUGCUGUUUACCAGCGCUUUCUGUCCGACCGCGUUUUACCAGCGAUAUUUGCCAAGUUUCCCCGCCAAGGCGCUGCGAGACCGUUGUUUAUUCAACAUGACAAUGCUGGGCCUCAUCAAGGAAUUGACCAUGGCCUCCUUACCGACUUGGCUCGCGAAUAUGGAUGGGACGUUCGAAUUCGAUCACAGUCUCCGAACAGUCCAGAUUUCAAUGUUUUAG